CACUUCAGCGAGGCGAGUUCAUAAUUUGAGCACGCGCCGCGCGUCCUCAUCUCAGUCCCGGACGCAGCUUCGCCAGCCUCCGCGAGUCUCCCCAUCCGCAGGUCAUUUAAGAAAAAUGAAGAUAUUAUUCAGUGGUUUUGCAUUGAUAGCCUACUGUCAUUUGCUGAAAGCAUUUACUGUCACAGUUAUCAAGGACCUGUAUGUGGUAGAGUAUGGCAGCAAUGUGACAAUGGAAUGCAGAUUCCCCGUAGAAAACCAAUUCAACCUGUCUGCAUUAAUUGUCUACUGGGAAAUGGGGGAUAAAAAAAUUAUUCAGUUUGUAAAUGGGAAGGAAGACCUGACGGUUCAGCACAGAAGCUACAGACAGAGGGCCCAGCUGUUGAAAGACCAGCUCUUCUUGGGAAAGGCUGCACUUCAGAUUAGAGAUGUGAAAUUGCAGGAUGCAGGGGUUUACUGCUGCUUGAUCGGCUAUGGCGGUGCUGACUACAGGCGGAUUACUUUGAAAGUCAAUGCACCAUACCGCAAAAUCAACCAAAGAAUUUCUGUGGAUCCAGUCACCUCUAAACAUGAACUAACAUGUCAGGCUGAAGGUUACCCUGAGGCCGAAGUCAUCUGGAAAAGCAGUGACCACCAAGUCCUGAGUGGCAAGACCACCAUCACCAAUUCCGAGAGAGAGGAGAAGCUUCUGAAUGUGACCAGCACACUUAGAAUCAACGCAACAGCUAACGAGGUUUUCUACUGCACUUUUCGGGGAUCAAGUCCUGAGGAAAACAAUACAGCUGAGUUUGUCAUCCCAGAACGACCUCCAGAUCCACCAAAUAUGAGGACUCACUUGGCAAUUGUGGGAGCCAUCCUGUUGUUACUUGUAGCCCUGACAGUCAUCUUCUGUCUCAAAAGAGAUGUGAGAAUGAUGGACGUGGAAAAAUGUGGCACUCAAGACACGAAUUUAAAGAAACAAAAUGGUGAGCAACCUCCCCGGUUUGCCCAGGACUCAGGGCUUUCUCAGGACAUGGGACUCUCAGUUUUAAAACUAGGCCAGUCCUGGAGAAGCCUGGAUGGUUGGUCACCCUUUAUCAUGUAAAGAUACACAAUUUGAGGAGACGUAAUCCAGCAUCGAAACUCCUGAUCUUAAAACAGGGAUUCUCAGCCUGUGGUUUGAGUUCGUCAAGGCUAAGCAUGGCCAGAGCUGCACAAUGGGCCAGUGGGCUGCAGAUGAUGGAAGACUUGCAAGGCCCAAGCACUGAAAAUGGAAGCUGGGAAAGAAGAAGAGGAGAACAAAGAGCGAGGGAGUUAGAAAGGGGAGCCUGGAAGGAACCCUUCCUUGGACUUCAGAAUGACUGGGAGACUCAUCGGCACAUACGAAAAAGAGAAGGGACACUUCUGGAAGAUGAGCCUCCAUGCAAAUUGUCCAUCACUCAUCCUAGGAAAACAAGUCGAGAUUCCCUGAUUUAAUGGUCAGUGCCUGCAAAAGCACCCUUUGCCUUCAUUCAAUGUCUCGAUUUGUCUUCUGCAUGAUUGGCAGUCGUUGUGUUUGCAACAGUAUUUAAGUACGAGUUAUUUCUAUUUAUUUUGAAUCUAUGGGAGCUUGUCAUGUGACUGUGUUUGUAAAUAAUCUCCUUUGACGAUAUGUUAUAGAAGUUAAAAUUUUGUCACCAACCUAAACUUACUGCUUAAUGACUUGUGUGUGUCCAGUAAAAUGUAUAGUAUUUGGAAGGUGCUUUGUGUCCUCUAUAACAGGGGUCUGCAAACUGCGGCUUGCGAGCCACAUGCGGCUCUUUGGGUACGUACAUGUGGCUCUGAAGUAAAAUUG